UGCAGCACGGCCUGGUAUGGAAACACCAAUGCCCUUGAACGGAAAAGCCUACAAAAAGUAGUGAUUCAGCGCAGUCCAUCAUGGGUAAAGCCCUCCCCACCAUUGAGCACAUAUACAAGAAGCACAGUCAAAAGAAAGUAGCAUCCAUCAUCAGGAACCCCCACCACCCAGACAAUGCAUUCUUCUCACUGCUCCCAUCAGGAAGGAGGUGCAGGAGCCUCAGGACCAACAUCACCUGCUUCAGGAAUGGUUAUUGCUCUCAACUAUCCGGCUCUUGUACCAAAGGAGAUAACUUCACUCAGCCCAACAAUGAAUUUUUCCCACAUCACUUUCAAGGAAUCUUCAUCUCAUGAUCUUGCCAUGACAACAGCCGACCCCAAAGCAAAGAAGAGAAACAAGAGCUCAUACUUGCGCCAUGUGGCCAAGAAGCCCUGCGGGAGCCGAGAGCUGGAAGCGGGGAUGCAGGGUCUGCUCAUCACUUGUAACAUGAACGAGAGAAAAUGCACGGCAGAAGCGUACAGCUUGUUGAAUGAGUACGCCGACCAACUAUACGGCCCAGAGAAGUUUGUAGAGGAAUCUAACAGUGAGGAUGAAGAAGAUGACGAUGCUGAAGCUGCCCUGGAGCAGGAAGUUAGACAGAUCAACGCAUCGACACAGAAGCAGCUCCGCCGAUUCCAGGCUUUGGACAGUGGAGCCAAUAAUAUUGUCUUCAUCAGAACCCAUGACAUUGCAGAACCGGACAAACUAGUUCAUCACAUUUUGAAGGAUCUGCAUACAACCAAGAAGAAGAAAACCCGAGCUAUUUUGCGGAUGUUGCCGGUGUCGGGGUCAUGCAAGGCUUUCAUGGAGGAGAUCCCAAAGUACUUUGAGACUUUCCUGGAACCCUGGUUCAAAGUUCCCAAAAAAGCCACUUUCCGAAUCGUUUAUAAAGCUAGGAAUAACAGUCACAUGAACAGAGAUGAUGUCAUCAAGGCGCUAGCAGGAAUAGUGGUAAAUUUGAAUGCUGAAAACAAAGUGGAUCUUAGUUUUCCUGAAUACACCAUCAUUGUGGAGAUAAUAAAAAGCGUGUGCUGUGUAAGUGUAGUCCAGGACUAUAUACUUUUCCGUAAGUACAACCUGCAAGAGGUAACAAAAAGUGACACAGAAGAGAAAUCGAAAAGAAACACCUGUUCUCCCACUGAGAAUGAUGGCUGUGUAAGUUCAAAAGAGCAGCUAGAAGAAAAGGAACUCGCCAAGAAAGCUGAAGAAGAUGGAAAGGAAAUGGAGCCACCUUUUGUGGGUACAGAUGUGUUUCAAGAGCAGAAAAGUGGAGAACAAGGAGCUGGAAAGGAAACCAGCAUUUACAGCGAAAAUAACCAGUUUGAAUCGUAGUUCACCGGAUUGUGACUUGUACAAACGUUUUUGUAAUUUUUGGACAGCAAAUCUUUUCUAAGUUCCAUGUUUGUAUCUGUUAAGCAUUUUGCAUCUGACUACUUCAUUGAAGUCUUCACAUGUUAUAAAGGAGCAAGGAGGAAAGUUUAACUUUGCAAAGAUGAUGUGGUGGUUUAUCUCGUCUUCAGACCUGCUACAAGUUGUUCCUGUUUAAAAACAAAUCUUCCUGCUUUUUUCAAAAUAGAUAUUUGGAUCAUUUAUUAAAUUGAAAAUUGUUGAAGAUGGGCUUCAAUUAAAAUGUUGAUUUCAUUGUUUUACCUCAGUUUAUUUUAGUAUGAUAAUUUGGAAUGAUCUGGACAUAGAUACCCUCUGUUUUAAUGUCAUUGUCAUUCUCAGCUAGAUCAGAGAACAGACUCCACAUUUAUGGAGUAUGGUUGCAUGGUGUUUAUGCUCCAUUGGGGAGAUGGAAAUUGUCUUUUGAGUGGUUGGAUUUUUAGAUAUCUAGCAUAUUAAACUCACAGCUGUGUUCCAAUAUCCUGUGUCUGUGAAUGUCACUGUGUAACCAAUUUCUUUUGGGUACAAGUUGUGACACUUUGGAGAUUCAGAGGUUAUCAAACCAGCAGUCCAGAAGUCUGGGAUAAUGAUAUGGAAUCAAAGUUGAGACCCAGCAGGCAGCAGAUAUUUAGUUAAUUUUCAAACUUAAAAAUUCUUGUCAAAAAUGAAGUAUUGCAAAAGUUCGAUGGGUUCGCUGUUUGGAAACGUUUCCCUUCUGUGUUCUGAACCCCUUUAUAGCUUAGGGCCAAGAAGAAUAUGGUUAACUCUAAACUGCUUUGUGAAAUAGUUGAUUAAGCCACUCAGAUUCAGUAACAAUGCCUGACUAACAACAGCACAUGAAUCAACAAAAAAGGGCACAUUUAACUUUGGUUGGAAUGGGAAAAAAAUGCUAAGACCUUAAGACAUAGGAGCAAACUUAGGCCAUCUGGCCCAUUGAGUCUGCUCCACCAUUCCUUCACGGCUGAUUUAUUUCUCCUCUCGACCUCAUUCUCCUGUCUUUUCCCUAUAAACAUUAAUGUCCUUACUAAUCAAUAUAGCCAAUGACUUGGCCUCCUCAGCUGUCGGUGGCGAUGAAUUCCACAGAUUCACCAGCCUUUGACUAAAGAAAUUCCUUUUUAUCUCUGUUCUAAAGGGGCAACCUUGCAUUCUGAUCUGUGCUCUCUGGUCCUAGACUCCCACACUAUAGGAAACAUCCUGUUCAUAUCCACUUGGGUUUUCAAUCUCAGCAAGUGAUGGCUUUUAAGUCUCAACAUAAGAACAGUCAUUACUUCUAUUAAUAAACCUUUUGAUAACUUAAUUUAAAAUGUUAAAGGUAACAAAGAAGCUCUAAUCAUAUUAUGAGCCAUGUCAGUACCUUAACCCUGAUUCCAUGUGCUUCAAUUUUGCAUACCAUGUGAACUAUUUGAAAGUGAUAGCUGCAGUAGCUCUUUGUUUGAAUGGUAAAUUGGUGGACAGUCUUUCCACAACCAGUAGAACACUAGAGGAUAAUUGGAGGUGAUGUGUUCCAUGGUUUGCACCAGAUGACUAAUUGCACAUGUGGUUUGUCUCCUUGUCCAAUGUGCUGUCCGGAGGUCAUUGGAUCUGUGCCUGGCAUCACAGAUCUCAAAUUCAACAGCUGUAACAAUUGUUAACUGUUAUUGUUGCUGUCAUGCUGUUAACACUGUUCCUUAUCUUAUUCAUUUAUGUUGCCAGUUGUAUUUUUUAAACCACAGUUCAGAAAUGUGGAUUUUAUUGGAUGAUAAAAACCUGAAGGUUUUAUUUAAGCAUUACGUUUUGUUCACUCAUAGGAUAGGGAUUAAAAAUCUGCUCACUAUAAAAUUAGAACCUAAUCUAACUACAGACAAACUGAGCCUGAGGACUUCCAUCGUAUUUUGAUUCCUUACUUUAACGUGGCAUCCGUAGACAGGUCCUGUUGUCGUCUGGGUAGGGUUGUGGCUCCACCAGUUUGAUAGUGUUGCUGCGGAAUUGCCUGUCUAUUUUAUGUCUGUCUGAGUCACGAUCAUCUCCCAGCCUCAAUCCCUUUGUGUUCUCUCCUGCCUCAUGAGGGUUUAGAGUGCUCUGCCCUGGAUACGUUUGUCCAGAUAGCUAAAUUAGGAUCAGGAGUAGGCCACUUGACACUCAAAUUUCAAAGCAACUCUAUGACCGAAGUGUAUAUGUUACCAUAUACUACCUUGAGAUUCAUUUUCUUGUAAGCACAUACAGUAAAAAUCAAAUGCAAUCUAUGCAAAACUAUACAUAAACAAAGACUGACAAACAACCAAUGUGCAAAACAAAAAC